GCCAAUUCAAGCAAUGACGAUCGAUAACUAGCGAUCUCAGCCUUAGCGUUAUGCACGCCCUUCAGGUCAUAAGGCUUUAAUCGCGGGGUGCACCAAGUUAGUAACGAGGUGAACUUCACGCUGUCUGUUAUGGCAUUAACAGAUAAUGCUAUCUUUGGUUGCGAAUUCCGAUAGAACAUCAGCAUGUUCAAAUGUGGGCAAGCAUGUAAUACAUCGGCCUGAAUUCUUCCGACCAACCUCUUUACAUGCCAGAUGCACUUCCAUAUAUCCAAGGAAUUAUAAGACGACGUAUGGCGGUACCUGCCUAUUGAGUUAUCCCCACAAGCAGAGGUCGCUGUAUAAAAGCAGAAGAUCUUUCGCCGUGGGCUGACCUGCAACUUCGUUCACUAUACAUUGAUCACCAACAAAACAGUCUUCACUACCUACACAUCUAAGCCUAUCUGUAACUGUCUCAACCAUGGCAGAAUGUAAUGGAAGCAAGACUCUUGAAGCCAAGUGCUAUUGCGGCUCUGUCCAUUACACAAUCGAUGUACCGGUUUCGAAACUACCUCUACUCACCCAUCUCUGCCAUUGCAGCCUCUGCAGGUAUGGCUCUGGUGCGCCAUGCAUCUUUCAUGCUCCGCUACCGGAUGGGGUGAAACCCAAGUUCGUGGAACCAUCCUCCAGAAGUAAUAUGACGAGCUACGCCAUCGGGAAGAAGAUCGGAACAUGGAACUUCUGCUCAACGUGUGGUUGUCACAUUGCUUCAACUGGGCCGCCUGAGAACGAGUUCUGGACAGUUGCUUCAUCAACAUUCGUGAAUGCUUCAGACUUCUUUGAUGUCCGCAAGCACAUCUUCAGCAACUCCACAAAGGACCGGGGGAUCGCCGAAGCCCUGACACAUGCUGGCGGAAAGGAGUUCAUUGACUGGAACCCUUCUGACGGUAGCCCCGAGGCAAAGAUUGUUGAAUCUCGUGUGGAAGUUGGGAAGGACGGGGAAGAGCGUCUUCGUGUGGAAUGCGAGUGUAAAGGCAUCUCUUUCACUAUUCCCCGGCCGAGCCAAGAGAUCAAGGAGGACAAAUUCUAUUCACAAUUCGUUUCUCAUAGAGACGAUACCAAGUGGCUUGCGACUUUUGACGCAUGUGACGAUUGCCGGCUUCACAAUGGGACUAACGUUGUGGGAUGGACGUUUGUCCCUUUAUCCAUAUGCGAGCCCCGUAUCGAAGACGAUCUACUCAUUGGGAGCGCCAAGACGUUCAAAUCGUCGGACAAUGUCGUGAGAUCCUUCUGCGGCACUUGCGGUGCAACCGUUUUCUUCUCUCACGCUUGUCGAAGGCCGUCUGAGAACCAUCAUGUUGUCGACUUGGCCACGGGUAUCAUCAGAGCACCUGAGGGUGUCAUGGCAGAGAAGUGGCUCACUUGGCGAGCAAGGUUGGCAUGGGCUGAUAGCGGAAAGAGAUUCGAUAGUGACUUCACUGAAGCACUGCAAGAAGGCAUGAAUAAGUGGGUGUUGAAGAGAGAAGGUCUUGUUGAGGAUUACAAUAUCGGUUGAUGGCUCCGAUGUUCGGAGGUUUGCCGAAGGACAAUGCAUGUUAGUCUUAGGGUUGUCAGGUGUUUGUUGGUGAAGUGACAACGAUUCACAACUGCAUGGUUAAAGUUCAAC